AAAAAAGUUUUUUUUUUUUUCCCUGUGGUUUUUCACACUUCCAAGGGGAAUCCGUUCCGAGCACGAAUAUUCCAAACGCGCAUUCCAUUCCUGUCUCUUCAUUGCAACGUUUUCUCGUUCGCUUGUCACCUCCCUUUCCACUCUAAACCCUCGUUCUUUCCUUCUUCCGUCUCAUCAUGUCCCAUAUUUCAAGCCCCAAUUUUGAAGAACGCGAAGAUUCCUAUGUUGACCAACAGUAUACCGUCGACGGUUCUCAGAACGACCAGUUUGAAGAAGAAGACGGUCCCUUGACUUUACGCGCCUUGGUCUCGACCAAAGAAGCUGGCGUCAUUAUCGGAAAAGCCGGUAAAAAUGUGGCUGAACUGAGAGAAUCCACGGGUGUCAAAGCCGGUGUUUCCAAGGUCGUUCAAGGUGUUCAUGAUCGUGUUCUCACAGUGACUGGUUCCUUGGAAGGUGUUGCCAAGGCAUAUUUCCUUAUCGCUCAAACAUUGCUGGAUAAUCCCAUUUCUCCUGCUACUCCUCCGCUGUCUCCUACCACCUCUAGUUCUGCAGCUGGCGCUGUGGCUACCAUUCGCUUAUUGAUCUCGCAUAAUUUGAUGGGUACCGUGAUUGGUCGCCAAGGGGCCAAGAUCAAGCAUAUCCAGGAUACCUCCGGCGUUCGCAUGAUCGCCUCGAAAACUCUUUUGCCACAAAGUACCGAGCGUGUUGUCGAAGUGCGCGGAACAGUAGAAGCCGUGCGUUUAGCCAUUCUUGAAAUCGGCCAAUGUCUUAUUGACGAUAAAGAACGCGCUUACGGCACCAUUUUGUAUAAUCCUAAUAAGGUCGGUGCCAGCAAUUCCAACGAUCGUCGUACCUCCAUCACUCGCACUGGCAAUGGCUCCGAUUUCAGUAAUCCCUCCGAAUACCAACAACAACGUCGUUCCUCCACCGCCUCGCAGAAUUUCCUUAAUAACCCCAAUAUCCGCACUCAAAAUAUUUCCAUUCCUAGUGACAUGGUCGGUUGUAUCAUUGGCAAGGGAGGUUGUAAAAUCUCUGAAAUUCGCCGUUUGUCUGGUUCACGUAUUUCCAUCGCCAAAAUGCCCCAUGAUGAAACCGGCGAGAGAAUGUUCACCAUUCAAGGUACUCCCGAAGCGAAUGAGCGUGCAUUAUACCUAUUAUACGGCCAGCUCGAAAACGAAAAGGAGCGUCGU